AUGCAGUCUCCAGUCGUAGUUAUGAAUACCAAUAUGGAACGGGAAUCCGGUCGAAAAGCUCAAAUUUCUAAUAUUACUGCUGCCAAGACUGUUGCUGAUGUUAUCCGUACUUGUUUGGGUCCUCGUUCCAUGUUAAAGAUGUUACUUGAUCCUAUGGGUGGUAUCUUGUUGACCAAUGAUGGUAACGCGAUCUUGCGUGAAAUUGAAGUGGAUCAUCCUGCUGCCAAAAGUAUGAUUGAAUUAUCAAGAACACAAGAUGAAGAAGUUGGUGAUGGAACUACUAGUGUUAUCAUCUUGGCUGGUGAAGUUCUUGCUCGUGCUCUUCCUCAUAUCGAAAACAACAUUCAUCCUAUUGUUAUCAUUAGUGCAUUCAAAAAGGCUUUGGAAGAUGCUUUACAGAUUGUUGAAGAAAUUUCUACACCAGUGGAUGUGAAUAGUGAUGAAGAAAUGCUCAAAUUGAUCAAAUCAUCUAUUGGAACCAAAUUUGUCAGUACUUGGAGUGAUCUUAUGUGUAAACUUGCCUUGGAUGCCGUACGAACUGUUGCCAAAGAUGAAGAACGAACUGGUAGAAAAGAAGUGGAUUUGAAACGUUAUGCUCGUGUGGAAAAGAUUCCUGGUGGUGAAAUUGAACAAUCUGAAGUAUUGGAUGGUAUUAUUUUGGCCAAAGAUGUUACCCACCCCAAGAUGCGCCGUCGUAUUGAAAAUCCUCGUAUUGUCUUAUUGGAUUGUCCUCUCGAAUACAAGAAGGGUGAAUCUCAAACAAAUAUUGAAAUCACAAAAGAAGCCGAUUGGAAUCGUAUUCUUGAAAUUGAAGAAGAACAAAUUAAGGCCAUGUGCGACAAAAUCAUUGAAUUGAAGCCUGAUUUGGUUUUCACUGAAAAGGGUGUUUCAGAUCUUGCUCAACAUUACUUUGUCAAGGCAAAUAUCACUGCUAUUCGUCGUGUCCGUAAAACUGAUAACAAUCGUAUUGCUCGUGCUGUUGGUGCUACAAUUGUCAACCGUGUAGAUGAUCUCCGUGAAUCUGAUGUGGGUACUGGAUGUGGUCUUUUCAAUAUUGAUAAGAUUGGUGAUGAAUACUUUACUUUCUUGACCAAAUGUAAUAAUCCCAAGGCUUGUUCCAUCAUUUUACGUGGUCCUAGUAAAGAUAUCAUUGCUGAAGUAGAACGAAAUCUUCAAGAUGCUAUGUGCGUAGCUCGUAACGUUUUCUUCAAUGCCAAACUUGCUCCUGGUGGUGGUGCUACUGAAAUGGCUGUUUCUGUUAAAUUGGAAGAACGUGCUAAAUUAUUGGAAGGUGUUGAACAAUGGCCUUAUCGAUCAGUAGCUGAAGCUAUGGAAGUGAUUCCUCGUACACUUGUACAAAACUGUGGUGGUAACUCUAUCAAAGUAUUGACUCAAUUGAGAGCCAAACAUUCUAAUGGUGAACACUCUUUCGGUAUUGAUGGUGAAUCUGGCAAGGUGGUGGAUAUGAAGGAUUAUGGUGUUUGGGAACCAAGUGCUGUCAAAGUACAAACCAUUAAGACUGCUAUUGAGUCUGCUUGUUUAUUGUUACGUGUGGAUGAUAUUGUAUCAGGUAUUUCCAAGAACAAAACUCAAGCUCAAAAUGGUGGAUCUCAACCUACCCCAGAGGAAAUGAUGGAACAACAAUAG